AUGAGCGACAACGAAAUGGAAACCACAACAACAAGCGAACAACAAAUUAGACUUCCUUUGCUGCCCUUUGCUCAACCUCUUGUUACAUCCGAGAAGGACGUGAGCAAACUUUUCAAAGUAAUCUCUAAAGCUGUACAAUCAAAGGAGAAGAAUGUUUUGCAUAGAGGAAUAAAGAAUGUGAACCGAGCCAUCAGAAAGAAAACAAAAGGAUUUGUUGUGCUAGCCGGAGACAGCUAUCCAAUGGACAUCAUUUCUCACUUCCCAGAGCUCAUCAAAGCCACCGAAGGAGUGGAAUUUGUUUUUGUGGAAUCAAAAGUUGAAUUGGGAAAGGCUACUCUCACAAAGAGACCUGCGUGUGCCAUCAUGGUUGCCGAGCCACCAAAAGAAAGCAAAUUACAUAAAUAUUACAAGAAGGCAAACAAGGUUGUGUCGAGUGCUCAACAACAAGAAUAA